AUGCAGGAGCUCGGCAUCGCCAUCGUGCCAGCCCUCACAACCACAGACAUAAUGGCAGAUGAAAGCUUUCAGAAGGAGUUCCUGGAGACUCACAAUGCCUACAGGGCGAUACAUGGUGCGCCGCCACUGACGCUCAGUAGCGACAUGAAUGAUUCAUCUCAGAAAUGGGCCGAUCACUUGCUGGAGCUUGGUGUCUUCCAACACAGCGACACAAAGAAUGGAGAGAACAUCUACCACAUAUUGGGCUCUGGGGCCAUGACAGGGAAAGGAGCUGUGGAUGCGUGGUACAGUGAGAUCAAAGACUACAACUGGAGCAGUCCUGGGUUCGGCAUGAACACUGGGCAUUUUACUCAGGUGGUUUGGAAAGAAACCACUAAACUGGGCGUGGGUGUCGCCUCUGUUGGUACCAAUGUCUAUGUGGUUGCCCAAUAUUCUCCACCCGGCAACAUGAACAUGCCGGGAUACUUCGAGAAAAACGUCCUUGAGAAAGGUAGUGGACAAGUGGGGAAAGGAACAGGCAGCAGCCCCAGUGGGGAUUCUGAAAAGAGCAAAAGGAAAUGUUGCACACUGCUAUAG